ACAAUAGGUCUGUAGUUAAUAUCAGACUUAAAAUAUGGCUGAUAUAACAGAAAAUGAUAAAGCAACCGAGGAUUUAACCGAACAAGAAAUAACUAUUUCGGAUCCAGAGACAACUUAUUUGGAUCUUAAUCAUUCGAGGAUCGGAAAAAUUUCAAAUUUAGAGCCCUUGACAAAAGUUGAGGGAAUUUGUUUCCGUCAAAAUUUGAUUAAGAAAAUCGAAAAUUUAUCAUGCGUUGCUGGAACAUUGAAAGAACUGGAAUUCUACGACAAUAUCCUCGAAAGAAUAGAAAAUAUCGAAGAUCUUGUGAAUUUAGAGAGCCUCGAUAUUUCAUUUAAUCGUUUACGCAAGAUUGAAAAUUUGGAUACUUUGAAGAAACUAAAAAAAUUAUUUCUCGUUCAGAAUAAAAUCGAAAAAAUUGAAAAUAUCUCAGAACUAAAGGACUUGGAGCUCUUAGAAUUGGGAGCGAAUAAGAUAAGAGACCUGGAAAAUUUGGAAAGUUUGUCUAAUCUGAAAAGUUUAUUUGUUGGAAAAAAUAAAAUUUCAAGGCUGGAGAACUUAGAACCCCUUGUCAAUCUAACAGUAUUGAGUAUUCAGAGCAAUAGAAUAUUAAAAAUCGAAGGAUUGGACACCUUAGUCAACUUGGAACAGCUUUAUAUCAGUCACAACGGCAUCAAGAAACUAGAAAAUCUUGACAACCUAUUGAAACUCGAGACACUGGACGUAGCGGGGAACUUCAUUGAGAAGAUAGAAAACAUAUCUCAUUUGGAGAAACUCGAAGAGCUUUGGUUUAACGAUAACAAAGUAGAAAACUGGAAAGAAGUUGAAUAUUUGGCUUCACUUAAGAAUCUAAAAACUGUCUACAUGGAAAGAAAUCCCAUUUGGAGAGAUUCGGAAGACACGAAUCGUAUUUGUCCAAAUUACCGUCGCAAGAUGAUGCUUAUACUUCCAAAAUUGGAACAAUUGGAUGCCUCCUACACAAGAAAUUUUCAAAUGACUCAUUAA